CCCCAAGUCUCGUUCGUGCAGUACAAGACUUUGGGGUACACUGAAGCUAAAACCUUUUUCAUUGCGGCCAAAACACAAACACAACAAUGUCAGUUUCUGUAUCCAGGUUAAGGCACGCUCUCUCAGUUCCCGCUCUCAAUUUUCUUCCAAUCUCCACUUUCCUUCUUCGAUUAUACUCUCAGCCUCUACCUUCGUUCAUUCCCAAUGUCGACGACGCCAUUUCCUCUUUCAAUCGCAUUCUCUACAUCAACCCUACUCCACCCAUCUUCGAAUUCGGUAAGAUUCUAUCUUCCCUUGUUAAAAUGAAUCAUAUCCACACUGCUAUUUCAUUUUCACAACAAAUGGAACUCAGAGGAAUUCAACCUAACAUUGUUACUUUAAGCAUCUUGAUUAAUUGUUUCUGCCACCUUCGUCAACUCAAUUUUGCAUUUUCUGUAUUGGCGAAAAUUCUCAAGCUAGGUUAUCAACCAAAUACUGUAACCUUGACUACACUUAUGAAAGGUCUUUGUCUUAAUGGAGAGGUAAAGAAAGCUUUGCACUUUUGUGAUGAUGUUAUAGCAAAGGGAUUUCAGUUGAAUGAGUUUAGCUAUGGGACUUUGAUUGACGGAUUAUGUAAAGAAGGUGAAACAAAAGCUGCGUUGAUGUUGCUUAGAAUGCUUGAAGAGCAAUUGGUUAGGCCUAGCGUGGUAAUGUACACCACACUCAUUGAUAGUCUAUGCAAAAAUAUGCUUGUAUUUGAUGCAUAUGAGUUAUAUUCUGAAAUGGUUGAAAAGAAUAUUUUUCCUAAUGUUGUCACUUAUAGUACUCUAAUUUAUGGCUUUUGUAUUGUGGGUCGGCUGAAAGAUGCUAUUGGUUUGUUCAACGAAAUGAUAUUGAAAAAUAUCAACCCGGAUGUUUAUACGUUUAAUAUAUUGAUUGAUGGUUUAUGUAAGGAAAGAGAGGUGAAGAAAGCUACAAAUGUGUUGGGUGUGAUGAUAAAGAAUGGAGUGAAACCUAAUGUUGUUACUUAUAGCUCUUUAAUGGAUGGGUAUUUUCUAGUCAAUGAAGUCAACAAGGCCAAAGAUGUAUUCGACACUAUGGCAAGAUGGGGAGUGACUCCUAAUCUUCAUAGUUAUAAUAUUAUGAUUGAUGGAUUAUGUAAGCAUAAAAUGGUGGAUGAUGCUGUGAAGAUGUUUACAGAAAUGCAUUCCCGAAAUAUGAUUCCUAAUACGGUGACGUACAAUUCUCUUAUUUAUGGAUUUUGCAAAUCUGGAAGAAUCUCAGAUGUUUUGGAUCUUAUUGAUGAGAUGCGCGAUAGAGGUCAACCAGCUAAUGUGAUUACAUACACUUCCUUAAUAGAUGCUUUGUGCAAAAACCAUAAUCUUGACAAGGCAAUUGAAUUAUUUACGGUAAUUAAGGAUCGGGGUAUUGAGGCUGAUGUGUACACAUAUACAGUGCUAAUUGAUGGAUUGUGCAAAGGGGGAAGACUUAAGAAUGCGCUAGAGGUUUUCAGGAUACUUCUAAUUAAAGGUUAUCAUCUAGAUGUCUUGACAUAUACUGUUAUGAUCAAUGGCCUUUGUAAAGAGGGCAUGUUUGAUGAAGUAUUGGCCUUGCUUUCAAAAAUGGAAGAAAAUGGUUGCAUUCCGGAUGCCGUAACUUAUGAAAUAGUUAUUCGUGCUCUAUUUGAAAAAGGCAAGAUAGAUAUGGCAGAGAAACUUCUAAGUGAAAUGAUGGCUAGAGGUCUAUUAUAAGAGUAAAACAAGUUUUCACGCAGUUUGGAUACUCGCCUCUUUUGAUGUUAGCGUCUAGUGAGGGGUGUUACUUGAGAUCCUCAGAUUUUGCUAUUCUGAUGUCUUGAGAUCACAACAAUUUUGUUCACAUGUUCUUGAGUCUGGUCCUUUCCAAUUGUAAAGUUUGAUAAAUUUCCAGAUUUAUUAGUUUGUAGCUUCAAUAUGAUUGUCCUCCUACCACUUGUAUAUAAAAGUUAUAAUAUAAAUUUCCUCAUAGUCCUCCAUAAUUGUUGGCCUCACCCUUUGUGUUGAGGCGCUGGUUACGUUAUAAUAUAAAAGAAAAUUGUUUUGGUAGUUGGGGUCUCUGAAACAAGUUUGUCUGUAGACACCCAAAUUUGUAAUUAUAAUGAAUUUUUUUCUUAUGAACUUCAUUUGCACGAGUUCUAUUUAACGGCUUUCUUCUAUUGUAUUAUAUGAUUGUGAAAGCAGCCAAGGAAUUCAGUCUGACAGCUAUAUGAUUGGUCUAGCUUUUGUAAAACCCCAAAUGAUGCUUUAAGUAAAAGCCAAUUUCUUAUGCGUUAUGUGUCGGAUUUCUAAACUAGACCAAACUUUUUGUCUAACUGAUCAAGUUGUCUAAUCUAAUUUUUUCAGACAGACAUUCAAGAGCAUUGGCAUCAAGAGAAUUGUUUCUAAUUGGAUGUAUGCAUUAUAUUCCUUGGCUUGUUUCUGAAUUAAAUGGUCAGUGGUAGUGCUAUUGUAUCAGUCAGUCAUAAUCAAAAUCCUGUUCUCUUUACUCUUCCAUCCCUUUUCCUUUGCAUUUUAGUUGCAGCUCUCAGUUUCUUUGCCUGCAAUAUUUAAACACCUUCCAUGACUGAGUGCUCAGUAAUGGAAGUAAAAUUAAACAGAAGUACUCAGGAACUGUCUAUGAAGAACAGUUGAACCGUUAUAUUAACUUAUAUAAAUUAAUGAGGUUAGUCAAUUGUAAGCACAUUUUUAAAAGAUGUUUUGAUGUUGUUAUCAAUAAGUUAAAUAUGAGUAGAGACUCCUACUCUAGGUUAAGACUUGAGGUUGGACUCCUCAUGUUCAAUCAUCACUACCAAUAAUACAAUUUCUUCAAAUACUGAAAGCUUUGAACUAUUACUUGAGGUUUGAACCUAUUAAUUUAUAACAUGAGCACAGAAUUUGGUAUAAAGCUUUUAUCAUUUGCUUAUGCUUCCAAACUUGAAGAUUCUACUUCACAAUGUAAAUUUGGCGACAGAUUUGCUACUUGAAAUAUUGACACGGACAAAGCAAACCGUAGUCAUGUUGAUCACUGAGAUAUGAAAGCAUCGGCAUCUCCAAUGGAAGGAAAGCAACAGUUCAGAUUAAGAUAGCCGGUCCUGGAGUGCAGUUUAUGCCUUUCCAUCUCGACAUUUCAUCAUGAUGCUUACACCCUGGGUGGUUGGUUCCUUCCUACCUAUUGUUGGUGGAGAGGCACUGAUGUCUGUUACCGUGGCCUCUUUCAGUUGGUAAGAUCUGCUCUGUGAUCUGUUCCUUAUAGAGUUGUGGAGAAGGGGUGCAGCAUGGUUUGGAAUAAAAAUUUGGUCAUGUGAAUUCUAAUAAGCUUUAAGGGAAUAUUCAAUAGGGCCAGAUUCUGGAGUACAAUGGCUUGCAAUGUGAAACCCGAUGUUGUCAAAUAUUGGCUAUGGCAGUGCCCAGGCAGAUUAUGGUGGCGGAUUUUUUGACAACAGCCAUGGCUAAUUUGUGAAGGGUGACGGAUUUUUUGUUUUCCGCAUGGUCCACCGCCGAUAACACUGGACAAACCAACCAUAUAAUGUUCUUGGCACAAAGGUCAUGAUUAGGCAAGAGGUAAUGUGAUAUGUGGACACUUCGUAAUGUUUUGGAUAUAUUUUAGUGCUGGUAAUUUUUGCACUAAAGAAGGCAAUCAUGAGUCUCUUAUAUGGAAAAGAAAAGCAGAAACAAGCAAUGGUCAUUGUUGUUUAUCACGUUGUUUAAAGUAGAUAGGAUUGUUUGUUGUUUUAAAUUUGACAGAAGUAGAUCAAGCUUCUUAUCUUUUGUUAGACCGACAUGUCAAAUGUUAUAUACUUCCUCUGUUACAAGAUUCCCUCUGCCUCGAGAUGACUGUUGUUUUAAUAAAUAAAAUUAAUGACUGUUAUUAUCAUUUUUUAA